UUUUUAGUCGUGAAUGUCAUAAAGGAAUAGGUAUCCAUGUAGUAAUUAUUGCUACUUUCCUACCCAAUUUGUUGCUACUGCUUUAGUAAACUACAAAAGAAGCGUUCUUAAAGACUCGACAACUCAGAUUUUUGUUGACUUUCAAAGAUAUAUAUGUAUCAGUUCAAGAGCGUACUUUUUCACAGGUGACUUGAUUUUUUAAAUGAACUAAAAACUUAUCAUACCAAAAAUGGACAAUCGAGCAUUUGACGGUAUUUCAAAGUACGACGAUGAAGAAGCUCAACAGGAUAUUGAUAAAAUCCGAAAUGCGGAGACAGUAAGUUCGAUUGACUCCUUCACAACGCCCAGCACGGAGCGGAGCAGCAUUCCCGUACUAUUACCAGGGCGAAGAAGGAGCAGCGUAUUUGGUAUUUACAACCUUCCAGUGCUGGAGGAGGAUGAGGAGGACGACUUGAUUUACAAAGUUGAAGACGUGCCCCCUUGGUACAUGUGCCUCUUUUUGGGCUUCCAGCACUACUUGGAAAUGAUCGGAGCCUCCAUCGCCUGUCCCUUCCUUCUGACCCCAGCGCUUUGUAUGGACGACGAUGACCCAAAUCGUGCCAAUAUCAUCUCAACCCUCAUUUUCAUGUCGGGUAUAAUUACAAUUCUGCAGAGCCAUGUCGGCACCAGACUGCCAAUCGUGCAAGGAGGCUCCUUCUCCUUCCUUGUACCCACUCUGGCCAUCAUGAAUCUACCCCAGUGGAAAUGUCCCCCUGCAAAUGUGAUGGCUGGGAUGUCGCCCGAAGAAAAAACUGAACUCUGGCAGGUUCGAAUGAGGGAGAUCCAGGGAGCAAUAAUAUGCGCGUCAAUGUUUCAGGUCGUUUUUGCACUUACAGGAGUUAUCGGAUUUGUUACAAAAUUCUUGACGCCUCUCACCGUUGCGCCAGCAAUUACACUUAUUGGUUUGUCCCUCUUCAAAAAUGUAACUGUACAGGUCUCCAAAAAUUGCAUCGUAGCUUUUGCAAUGAUUGGACUGUUAAUUCUGUUCUCACAACACUUCAAAAAUUUUGGAAUUUCAAAACCUUGUGGAAAAGAUAAGGAAAAGAAGAAAACGUUUCCAAUAUUUCAAGUAUUUCCUGUGCUUCUAGCUCUAGGGAUUGUCUGGGGGGCUUGUAUUAUUCUCACCGUGACAGAUGUUCUACCAAAAGGAGACCCUGCCAGAUCGGAUUCCAAAAUCCGAAUACUUCACGGUGCUCCUUGGUUUCGUAUUCCGUAUCCUUUUCAAUGGGGUUGGCCAACCGUCUCGGUGGGGGCAGUCUUUGGUGUGUUAUGCGGUGUUUUAACGGCAACAAUCGAAUCGAUCGGUGAUUACUACGCGUGUGCGAUGAUCUCAAAGAUGGGCGUUCCACCCCAACAUGCGAUCUCAAGAGGAAUAUUUAUCGAAGGCUUUGGCUGUGUCUUGAGCGGUAUCGUCGGUUCCGGUAAUGGAUCCACAUCGUACUCAAACAACAUUGGAACCAUCACGGUGACAAAAGUAGCAUCCCGAAGAGUGAUUCUGUUUGGUGGGAUUAUCAUGAUCGUUCUCGGCUUGGUGGGCAAAGCCGGUGCAAUAUUCAUAGGAAUACCAGACCCCGUACUAGGUGGCUUGUUCUGCUACAUUUUUCCACUCAUUAUGGCCGUCGGAAUCGGAACACUUUCCGAAAUUUGCUUGGAGUCGUCACGAAAUAUCUUUAUCGUCAGUUUCUCAAUCUUCGCUGGAUUGGCAGUGUCUCAGUGGGCAGAAGGCAAUCCUGAAGCUGUACAAACUGGGUCGCUUGCCGUCGACAGUAUUAUUCAAAUUUUGCUAUCCACUGGAAUGUUUGUUGCAGGCAUGACGGGCUUUAUUUUGGAUAACACGAUAUCUGGGUCGCCUGAAGAACGUGGUCUAUCUCAACGGAUACAAGCCAAACAAUCUCACAGAGACAAGCGAAACCCAUCUUACGAUUUGCCAUACGUUACAGCUUUAAUUGAAAGAUUCUCAAUUUUCAAAUUACUACCAAUUUCUCCAACAUUUACCAAAAUUCGAGGAUGUCGUCUCCCUUUCUGCAGAAGAGGAAAACCUUCACCUAAUAGUUCUUUGAAUUCCAGCUACGAUAGCUAAUUGCUGAUGAGUAAUUGCACCGUUGCUGACUCUGACGCAUAAUCAUGCCAGUUUAACAUAAGUUACUUAUAAUUUCAUUUGAACUAUAUAAACAAACUUUGUUAUUUAAAUUUAAAUUCUAAACUGCAUUAAUUUUACGCACAUGGAUAGCUGUCCAUAAUACAUAAUAAAGUAGGUGUGCCUAUUCUGUUGGUAAA